AGGUGGCCGGGGCUGGGAGAUGAUGGGCGGCCGCCUCCUCACUGGAGGGAUUCCUGGAGAAGCUGCAGUGUGGGGAUGCUCCAGACCGAGUCCUGCCCCCAGUGUCUUUCCACCUCCUCCUUCUGCUGCGGCGGCAGCAGUACUUAGCGGCCGCAACUUGAGGCUGCAGCCGGACCAGCCCCCCCAGGGUGGUGCCCAGCCGAGAGGGGGGCGAAGUGCCCCAAAGGGGUGUGUGUAGGGUGGGGGCGGCCAGCUGGGACCAGCUGGUGGCCCUGGAAAACCUCCCACACACCCACACCCACACACCCCUUUUGUGUUGCAGGCUGCCCCUCCAAGCACAGAGGCAGCGAGAGGACGUGUGCGCCUUCGAGGCGGUCCACCCGGGGAGAGCAGUGGGGACGAAAACCCGCACCACCUCCUGGUCUUCCCUGCAGGGAAAACAGGAAAACGAGAACUAGCAAGGACUUGAGUGACAAACGCCUGGAUUCAGAUCGAGAGACUGUCCAUUUGCCUAUUGCUUCAUUCCUGGAAAUUGUGCUGCAACUGUCUGAUUAAGAAAAAAAGAAUCUGGAAGAGAGAAAACAGAGACCAAAAUACCCCUGAAUUUCUAACAGAACAUUUCACCUGAACCUAAAAUGGUGAGCGAGAGUCAUCCUGAGGCCCUGGCAGCCCCGCCUGUCACCACUGCUGUGACUGUUACACCAAAUAAUGCCACAGAGCCAGCCGGCCCUGGAGAAGGAAAGGAAAAUGCCUUUUCUAAGCUGAAGGAGAAGUUCAUGAAUGAGUUACAUAAAAUUCCACUGCCACCAUGGGCCUUAAUUGCCAUAGCCAUAGUCGUGGUCCUUUUAGUCCUGACCUGCUGCUUUUGUAUCUGCAAGAAAUGUUUGUUCAAAAAGAAAAACAAGAAGAAGGGAAAGGAAAAGGGAGGAAAGAAUGCCAUUAACAUGAAAGAUGUGAAAGACUUAGGGAAGACCAUGAAAGAUCAGGCCCUUAAGGAUGAUGAUGCUGAAACCGGAUUGACUGAUGGGGAAGAAAAAGAAGAACCCAAAGAAGAUGAGAAAUUGGGAAAACUUCAAUACUCGUUGGAUUAUGAUUUCCAGAAUAACCAGCUGCUGGUCGGGAUCAUCCAGGCUGCCGAGCUGCCCGCCUUGGACAUGGGCGGCACAUCUGACCCGUAUGUGAAAGUGUUUCUGCUGCCCGACAAAAAGAAGAAAUUUGAGACAAAAGUCCACCGGAAGACCCUCAAUCCUGUCUUCAAUGAGCAAUUUACUUUCAAGGUGCCGUAUUCGGAAUUGGGAGGCAAAACCCUCGUGAUGGCUGUGUACGAUUUUGAUCGUUUCUCCAAGCAUGACAUCAUCGGGGAAUUUAAAGUCCCCAUGAACACAGUGGAUUUCGGUCAUGUAACUGAGGAAUGGCGUGAUCUGCAGAGUGCUGAGAAGGAAGAGCAAGAGAAACUGGGUGACAUCUGCUUCUCCCUUCGCUAUGUACCGACUGCUGGCAAACUGACUGUUGUCAUCCUGGAGGCAAAGAACCUGAAGAAGAUGGACGUGGGUGGCUUAUCUGAUCCUUAUGUGAAGAUUCAUCUGAUGCAGAAUGGCAAGAGGCUGAAGAAGAAGAAGACAACAAUUAAAAAGAAUACACUCAACCCCUACUACAAUGAGUCAUUCAGCUUUGAAGUACCCUUUGAGCAAAUCCAGAAAGUGCAAGUGGUGGUAACUGUUUUGGACUAUGACAAGAUUGGCAAGAACGAUGCCAUCGGCAAAGUCUUUGUGGGCUACAACAGCACCGGGGCCGAGUUGCGACAUUGGUCAGACAUGCUGGCCAACCCCAGGCGACCCAUUGCCCAGUGGCACACCCUACAGGUAGAGGAGGAAGUUGACGCCAUGCUGGCCAUCAAGAAGUAAAGGAAAGAAGCCUUUCUGCAUCUGCCCACAUAGUGCUCUUUAGCCAGUAUCUGUAAAUACCUCAGUAAUAUGGGUCCUUGCGUUUUUUCCAGCCAUGCGUUCCUGACACAGUUCAGUGGUACUUCAAAUCCUGUUUUAAUUUGCACAAAUUUAAAGGUAGAGAGCCCCUGAGUCCUUCAUCAUACAACUGCCCUCCAAAUCUACUCUUCUUUUAAGCAAUAUGAUGUGUAGAUAGAGCAUGACUGAACUUAUUUAUUGUAUCACACAGUUGUACAUACCAGUAUGCUAAAGAUUUAUUUCUAGUUUGUGUAUUUGUAUGUUGUAAGCGUUUCCUAAUCUGUGUAUAUCUAGAUGUUUUUAAUAAGAUGUUCUAUUUUAAACUAUGUAAAUUGACUGAGAUAUAGGAGAGCUGAUAAUAUAUUACUAGUAUAUGGUAAAUAUAGUAUCGUCUGCAUUCCCAGCAAAAAUAUCAACUUGUAAGGCACUAGUACAGUGAAACUGACAUCUUAAAGGACAACUUAAACCUGAGCUUUCUAUUGAAUCAUUUGAGUACCAAGAUACACUUACACCACAUAUUUGGUGGGUGCGUCCAAUUUUGUAGAAUUUCUUCACAGGCAAAUUAGCAUGAUCUGAGCAGCAUCCAGGCUGACCUCCAGGAAGUAUAGCCACAAAACAGAACAGCAUCUGUCUGUACAUAUCUACAAAGCUAAAACCAGGGCUUCACUCUUACCUUUGAAGGAGCAACUGAACAGGAGUCAAUGAUUUCAUGUUAUUGCAUAUAGAGUAGCAACUUGAUGGUGUUGUGUGUGUAUGUGUGUGUGUGCGCGCGUGUGUGCAUGUGUGCAUGUGUGUGUGCAUUUGUUUAGGGAUGGGGGUGGGUGGGAAGAUGCUGAGGGGAGAAGUCAGCAUUUCUGAAAUAUUGCCUGACUAUUUCAAAAGAAACAAGUAGCUCUCCAUUAUCACCUUUAUACAAAAUGUGCAUCCUGUGAAUUCUGUUCCAGAUUUCACACAGCUAAUAAUUCCAAAACAUUUGCACACUAGACUUUGUAACAAGAUAUUUUAUUACACAAAACCAGAUUAGAAGGAAUGCAGGAUAUUUUUAACACAGCAAUCUGUGCUUAUUACACAAAGUUACUUUGUGGUACACAGACAGUAUUGUAAUCCCAUCAAAAGAUGAAAAGCAAACAAUUAGCCAUAGUUCUGAAUGCACUUCGAUUAAGCCAAAACAGACAGCUAGUGAUCUUUUUUAUAUGCUCUUUUUACUUAAAGAAGUUUUAAUUUGUCCUUUAAAAAAAAGGUGAAACAAAACCAAGAACAAGUUCUAGAAAACUGAAGCAACCUCUUAUGUAUUCUAGAUGCUUGACUUAGGAGGAGUUUUUAAAUGUUUUCAAUGUUAUUAUGUAGUAAAUGGCACUAUUAUGAAGCUACUAGUCAUUCCAUAAGAGUCUUCAAGGACUGCUCUGUGUAACACUGUGACUGCCUUGUGUGCUUAGACACGUAGUUUCCUCAGUGGAUAGCACUCAAUUUAUCCCGUAGUGAUAUUGUACACAAUACUGCCAUUCCCUCUACUGCACUGCCCGAAGUGUGUAGCACAAACAGUUCUCGUUACAAAGGACCAACUCAGAACUGAAAAGCUAUGCAUAGGACAAGGAAGAUACACAGAACGGGGUGGGACACAGCAUUUUGUCAAGCACUGUGCAAUAUUCCGUAUUUUCCCCACGAUGGCAGACAACCACUCUGAAGGGCAGCCUGUUGUCACACUGCAUCGAGUCUUUUCUCCCGCUCACUUCUGCGGCCCAUUUGAACUCCAGGCCACAGAGAGUUGGGAUGUGCUGAGGUGGGAGUUGAUGGCCACCAAUAUCAAAACAUAGUGGAGGAAAACUAGGCAGAAGACUUGAGGGUAUCAUGCCACACUUUUUUUUAACAACACAAAGAGAAUUCAAAAAGGGCUGGUGGGAGACUUGGAACAUGGGGUUAGCGGUUUCCUGAAUUCUCGUCAUUAUUAUUUCCUCAUCAAAGAAGAGGCGUACCCUUUGACCUUUCAGACCAGUGAUAGCAAACUCUAGAACUGGGACAGACAAAAAGGACAAAAGAAUAACUUCUCCCUCUUCUGUAGGUGGUCCACACUUUUAAAAAAAAAAGAAAGAAAAACAUAGAUAUUAGAAAAUGUGGAAGGUUUGAUGUAAGACUAGAUACCAGUUUGAACAGAAGAGUCAAAUGAGAAUCUUUCCAUUGUAAAGGACCAAACCCAAUCAAAGAGAGGGAGUUGAUUGACUUGUAAAAAUUCCUGGAAUACCAGAAACUGACAUCUCAUUUUAUUGUAUUCAGCUUUACGUUGUUUACACUGAAACAGUACUUCAAAACAAGCAGGUUCGAGCUGCCGAAGACACAUGAUUUCUUGCAUUCAAGUCCUACUAACGCAUUCUCUUGCAACACUGCCAGACGUGGGUCUUGUCACCACCGAAUCAGUUGGUACUAUACCACCUCUCACAAGUCAGUGACCGAACCUGCUCUAAGACCAAGAUUCGCCCUCAGAUAAGCCAGAUGUACCUUUCUGACAAAGCUGUGUAAAGUGUUAGAAUCGGAUGCUCUAGAAAGAUCCUAGUUGCCUUUGUGUAUAUUUACUGCCUGCUUGAGUGUUUCUAUGUGUGGGUUUUCUCUGUAUCUUGUAGAAAUGUUGGGGUGUUUCCUUCUGCCAUAUGGCUCGUGGCCCGCGAGCCCACUACUUUAGCUGUAUUUUACCUUCAUUUUUGAUGAGGUGGUUUAAAUUUUGUUUCACUUCGUGUAGUGAAUUCCACAGUAGUUUUCUGAUUGUUGUUAAAAAUAACUUCACAUAUUACCCGGAUAUUCAAUAAAAAUGUUUUAUUUCCUGUU